AGAAACUUUCCUGCGUGCGUUUUCCGCAUGCUCAAUCUGGAAGGUCUGUGCUUUUGGAACAGGGUAAAUAUGAUGGUCAGUAUAGAAGGAACGGAACAGUGAAACAGACGAAGACGAAGACGGCACGAUGCGGAUGCUAUUCCCAUCUUGUGUGUCGAUGGUGGGGACAUGCUCAGACCAUGACUAGCGUUUGCGAGUGACUUGAUUCGGACUUGAUGCGGUGUGGUGAUCCACUCUAGGUCUAAUUGGAAGAAAUGGCCUGAUCCAGGUCGGACUGGAGGUUCUCAGCUGAGAGUAAAAACUCAGAAAAUCUUCAAGCUUCCUCAAUCUCACUCACUAAAUUAUCGAUCCAAUCGAGACUGCAAGCGUUCUCGCCGACAAACAUUUAUCAGCUGAAACUGAGAUGGGGCGAAAAUUGCAAGUGGCUGUAGUUUUAUUCGACGGUGUGUCUGCUCUUGAUGCGACUGCACCUUACGAGUGUCUGCAGCUUCUGCCCAACACCGAGGUAGUCUUUGUUUCGCACACAGUCGGUGCUCACAAGGACGCUCUGGGCUAUCUGUCGCUUAAUUCCACUCACACGUUUCACGAGGUCUCUCUACCAGACAUCGUCAUAGUUCCGGGUGGACUCGGAAUCAAAAAGCUCCUGAAAGAUCUGGUGGUUCUGGACUGGCUGCAACAGGUUAACGACACAACGCUGUUCACAGCGUCGGUGGGAUCAGGAUCACUGCUUCUGGCGGAAGCAGGCUUGUUGACUGGACUGUCGGCCACCACUCACUGGGCUGCCCUUGAAGCACUGGAGAAACAAGGCGUGAAGGUCGCCAAGGGCCGCGUUGUGCAGCAGGGGAAGAUCAUUACAGCAGCAGGUCCGACUUCUGGUAUCGAGAUGGGCAUACUGCUGGCAUCAUUAGCUACAAACAAGGACUUUGCGAAGAGCGUGGAGCUGAUCCUCGAAUACGAUCCGCAACCGCCUUUUAACACCGGAUCCACGACCAAGGCCGGCGCUGAACUCACUGCCAAAGCUACGACCAUGCUGUAUGCGAACGAGCUCAAGGCGUCGAACCUCUAAUCUCGCGCACCCUGCGAAGAUCAUGGAGUGCUGUAUGAUAGAGAAUACCAGUGAUUUUUAUAUGAUGGCUUGGAUUGUACGAGAGCAGCAGGUGCGUGUUACGUUUCCAUGAAUUGACAGGUCUAGUAAGCUCUUACUGGCUGAUUCCGUGGGGAGGAAGACACAGCUAGCACAUGCGUUGCUGUUAAAACCUUCGUCUUCAUCUCGUGUGUACGUGCUCUCGUACGCACAUCUCUCUCUGCUUGUUCGAGAUUCCUGUCCGAUCGAUAGUCACUGCCCAAGUUUUCAUCGAGCGCAAAUCUAGAAUCUGCGAUCAGACUCCAACGAAACUAGACAUUUGCCUCAAACGCAGAUUGGCAGCAGAUGACAACAGACUUACAAGCAACGAUGCUGCAGCGGAUCCGGACGAAUUAUUCUUCUCGUCUUCCGCCUCAUCUGCUUUGCCUUGUGAAUAGCAGUUCUAUCCAUGAAGAGGUGUGCAGUGUAUGUGUCGCCCCAAAUUGUACAAGUUUUGUUCGAUUUGCACUCUGGCGAUCGGUCGAUGGCAAGGUCCAGGAGUUUUUAACCUUCCCUAGACUUUGGAACCAGAGCCCCGGCCUGCAGCCUCCUGCGCCAAGAAACUUGUCACAUGAUUGGCAUAAGAUGGUCAUAAUAAAAUUCGGCAUUUACCUUCUGUUGGAAGUGCUUUUUGCUCUAAGAUUUGUGCUCUUUUGGAUUAGUCCAGUUCUGCUCAAG